CCUGGCCGUGGGAAGAGGAGGACCCCAAGCGACCGCUCCUGGUUAGGAGAUCGCUUUGAAAAGAGCGCGCUUAGCCUUACGACCACCCAGUCAAGCUACUGACAGCCGCCGUACAGCUCCGGGCAAGCGGCUGAAGCCUCGAGAGCAGCCGCAUGAAAACCCUUCACGGGCGGGGCCAGCAAGAGAGCAACGAUAUCCCCGCCUCCUUCCGAGACGGAGCUUGUUUCUCUCUUGCAAGUCUGCCGGGGAGUGACUGACGACGCAGCCAAUCAGAGAGGCUGGGGGAGUUAUGCCGGUCUCGAGAUAACGUGAAUGUUGGAUGUGUACCUAAAAAGGUGAUGUGGAAUACUGCUGUCCACUCUGAAUUCAUCCAGGAUCAUAUGAAUUAUGGUUUUAAAAUAGCUGAUGUGAAGUUUAAUUGGCAAAUAAUUAAAGAAAAGCGUGAUGCUUAUGUGAAGAAACUGAAUGAGAUCUAUCAAAAUAAUUUGAAUAAGGACCACGUGGAAAGCAUUCAUGGCCAUGCAUCAUUCGUAUCUGAUCCUGAACCUACAAUUGAAGUUGAUGGCAAAAAAUACACUGCGCCUCAUAUACUGAUUGCUACUGGUGGACAGCCUGUAAUUCCCAGUGAAAGUGAGAUUCCAGGAGCCAACUUGGGAAUCACUAGUGAUGGCUUCUUUGAACUUGAAGAGUUGCCCAAGCGUAGUGUUAUUGUUGGUGCUGGAUAUAUAGCUGUUGAAUUAGCUGGUAUUCUUUCAGCUUUAGGCUCCAAGACAUCCUUAUUGAUACGUUACAAUGAGGUGCUGAGAAAUUUUGAUUCAAUGAUCAGUUCAAACUGCACUCAGGAAUUGGAACAUAGUGGAGUAGAAGUCUGGAAACAUUCCAUGAUCCAGUCAGUUACAAAAUCAGCUUCAGGACUCUUGGCAAUAACUGUUACAUCCUCUCCUCCUAAUCAGAAACCCACUGUGAACACUGUUGAGAAUGUUGAUUGUCUCUUGUGGGCUAUUGGUAGAAAGCCCAAUACUGAGGAGCUAAACCUUGACCAGUUGAAUAUUAAGGUAGACAAGAGUGGUCAUAUUAUUGUUGAUGAGUUCCAAAAUACCAGCAGAAAGGGGAUCUAUGCUGUUGGAGAUGUAUGUGGGAAAGCACUCCUUACACCAGUUGCAAUUGCAGCUGGAAGGAAACUGGCACAUAGGCUUUUUGAAAAUAAAAAAGAUUUCAAACUUGACUAUACCAACAUUCCUACUGUGGUUUUCAGUCAUCCACCUAUUGGAACAGUGGGACUAACAGAAGCGGAAGCCAUAAAUGCUUAUGGAAGAGAGAAUGUGAAAAUUUACAUAACUUCCUUUGUCCCAAUGUACCAUGCAGUAACGGAAAGGAAAACAAAAUGUGUGAUGAAACUGGUGUGUGCCACUAAAGAGGAAAAGGUGGUAGGACUUCAUAUGCAAGGUUUGGGAUGUGAUGAAAUGCUCCAAGGGUUUGCAGUAGCUGUCAAAAUGGGAGCAACAAAGGCAGACUUUGAUCAGACUGUGGCUAUUCACCCAACUUCUGCGGAAGAACUUGUUACACUUCGUUAAACUGUACAUAGCUUAUUUUUUCUCAUGGUGAAAGAAGUACAAUUUUUUACAAAAUCAUGCAAUUCAAGACAAGUUUCAUUCUGCUGUUAUGAGGGGUAUACACAUGGAUAUAAUUUAUAAAUUAAUUAUAAUUUAAUUUAUAAAUUAAAUAAUUUCAAAUUUUAAAAAGUCUCCUUAGUUGAGCUUGAUUCUUCGUGACAUUUUGGACAUACUCAUAUUCAUGUAGUGAUCUUGGCAUCAAUAUAGAAGUGAUCUGCCAUUGCUUUCUGGCAUGUUGUUUUCAAGUUCUCAGUGUAGCCUGCUGCUUUGGUAUUUCCUAGUGGUCUCCCAUCCAAGUACUGGCCAGACUCAACCCUGCUUAAUCUGAGCGCAGACAAAAGUAGUUAGAUGGUGCCACCUAUUGAGACUUUGUGAAUGGUAAAAUGGGCUAGAGUACCAAGCAAACUAUCACACAAUCUUCACACUUAACCCCAAACGGGAAGUAAAAUCUAAAAUGGAAAAAAACCUGUCUUGAGCCAUGUAGGAACAAAUGGUGGAAGUACUGCGAUCUCAAACACUAAUAAUUAGCAUUUUGGUUUACUGAGCCUCUGGAUUGUGAAAGAUGCCACUUCCUGCCUAUUGGGAAGUACAAGUAUAACUAGUGUAGAACUUAGCCCACAAGGGUAUAGCAAGAAGACUAUGGUAUUAAUCCAUAUUCUGUAAAAAAAACUAAACCACCUUAGUUUUGCUUAUUUUGUCCUGUCCCCCCAUAAUAUUAAAAUCCAAUACACAAGCUACACAGCUAUUCUUUUGAUUUGUUUCCAACAAAAAUUACCAAUAUACAGACAUUUGCAACUAUAAGUUAGGGAACAAGCUUUUCAUCACAAAAAGUAAAUUCUAGAGUUAAUACCACAUUCUGCAAAGCAUAGUGGUAAGAAUUUCCAUUCAGUCAUAAUCUUAUUAAGCAAUAUUAUUCUCUCAAAGUUACGAGAAUUGAAAAAAGUAGAGUGGGGAGAUGGCUGCAUCCUAGGUGAUAUAUACAAUGAUAUAUUCAUAUUGCUUUUUUGAAUCAACAACCUGUAAGAUUCACUUCUACAAAAUAUUUGUAGCACAAAAUGUUAACUUUAAAAUAUACUUGCACACGUGCGUUGCAUAUGAGAUAAUGUGACUAAUGAAUGCCACUCUAGGAAUUUGUCUCAUUCCAUUUUCACAAAUACUAAAUUAAAUGGAAUGCAUGAACUCUUAUUACACUUGUGUUCCUGUUAAGAGAAUUAGGCUGUUUGCAUUUUAUGUUCAGGUAAACUCCUUAGUAAGUCCAUAGCAUCAUUUUGCUAUCAUUUUGCCCCUUAUUUAAAGCAGCUUUUUAACUUGAGAUUUCAGGCUUACUAUUUUAAACUUCUUAGUUUAAAUCUGAAGUCUUUACCCUCUUGAAUUACGUUUUAUCAAACUUAAAUACAUCAUAUUUUGGGUUAAAACAAUUCAAGGUGGUAAUUUUGGAUUUUACCUGAAUAGUAUGCCUGAAAAUUUAGUUGAAGAAUUCUAUUACUAUGGUCUCCAGUGAAGUUUGUCAUACAAACACAACCUUACAGUGAUAAUAUCAGGCCAAGGUCUUUCAAUUUCCAGUCAUAAGCUGUCACCUGAUCAUCUUAUGCAAUGAGGCAGAUAAUUAUUUGUGUGCAUGCUCAAGAGAAAAACAGACAGAUAAAUUAUUCCAUUUCAGCAUAUCCAACUGUUUGGAAUAAUGAUCUGCAGAUUUAUUUGUUCAAAUACAUCAAUAAGAUGCAAGCACUUUCAUGACAAAUAUACAGAAAAAAGGAAUCAACACAGAACAGUAACCUAGUUUAAAUGGAAAGAAAGCUUAUGACAAUAUACUCCCAAGAGAUUUUUUUUCUCCAGUUAAGUUACUUAUGUCAAUAAAAUAGAGGGCAAUAGGCUUAAGAGGGACAUUAGUUUGUACAUUUUCAUUAAACUUCAAAAUGUUAAUACAUGCCAGUUGAA